AAAGCAAAACGUGUCUACUUUUAUUUUUCUUUUGAAUAAUCAAAGAUACAAUAUAUAUUCUUAGUUGUAUAAUUUUACUACACAAUUCCAGUUCUUUCCCAGUUUGGAUGUCUUCACUACUGGUGUAAAAUGUUAUGAAUGAUCAAAACUAAGAAAAAACACUGAAGGAGAAGUCCAAACUUUUGACUGGUACUCUACAUGAUAUUGGAGUGUAUUAAGAUGGGGGGAGUAUCGUUUGGUUUUAUAUGCAAAGAUCUGGCAACCACGUUUGAGUGUCCGUACUUCCGUCGUGUGGUUCGUCCUGGUAUAAAGCAACGCAGUCCUCGUCUUUGGCUAAAAGUGUGCAGUAAUAAAAUCCCAGCGAUUCCAUUUCGGCAGGAGUGAAAAAAGAGGAGCCUUAAAGGAAACUUCUCUGGUUUUUUUUUUUAAGAGGGACUCGGUUGUGCGUGUGCGCGCGCGCGCGGUGUGUGUGCUUUAUGUAAAUGAGAUGGACAACAUGUCCAGCGGCGUCGCGCUCCAAAAGCAAAUCGCGUCGAUCAUGGACGAGCUCGCCAAAGCCGCGGUGGCCGAGAUAAGCAAGGUGGUGGACGACGGCGUGGUCCUGCUGCGCCUGGAGAUCUGCGAGCGCGAGCACGAGAUCGACUCGCUGAAACGGAAUCUGCAGCUGGUGUCCGAGGAGCUGCGCGAGACGCGGCGCGCGCUCGUCCGCCAGCGUGCGGGUGGCGCGUGCCCCGGACAGCCGCUCCAAGGUGUCACAGAAAACAAUCAAAUCGGCGAAGAAAGGCCUGGGAUCGACGAGGCAGACAGGCCGAGUGACGGCGCGUCGGCUUCCAGAGUGGUCGUGAAGCUCGAAAGCAUAGAUGAUGAUCAGUCUGUGGAAAAUGGGAAGGAUUGCACGAGAACAGAACCUGAGCUACACUCCAGUUCUGCUGAUGAUGACCAGGUGUGGUCGUUGGAGAACAACGAAGAGAUGCAGGAUGCUUAUUUCAGUUCUAGACACGAUCAGUCUCGGAAGUCUGAGCAUCGUUCAAGGAGUUACGAGUCGCUUGGGGGUAGAGCGGAGACGCAGGGCCUGAGUGGGGAAGAGGAGCUCUCUGCGGACAGCCUGCACGCGUCUACAGACGAAUUUCUGAGAGCGCAGCCGUGCUCUCACUCUCACGACGCACUCGUGCGACCACCUGCUGAUUGUCAGGAGGAUUUCGGGACCUUUGCAACGUGCGUCACUUCCAGAGGGAGACCGUUGUUUGGGGCGGUCCUGAAAAAGAGACGAUACGUCUGCGCCUUCUGCACCAAGAGCUUCGACCGACUCAGUCAUCUUGAUAGACAUCAGCGCAUACACACGGGAGAAAAACCCUUCAGCUGCAUGUUAUGCGGCCGCUGCUUCACCCAGAAAAGCAGCUUAAAAAGCCAUCUGAAGACCCACCGAGGAUUCACUGCCGAUUUAGACACAGCAUCUUUGUUGCAGAGUGAAAACAAUCUGUUCAGUGAUGAAUGGAACAUGGCGACUCACUGUGAAGAGCAGAGCGCAUCCAACUUGGACCAAAAAGCAGAAGAACCGAAUUCACACCUGUCCUACCUGAGCCACGAAGCAGCUCACUUCACAAACACAGAUGAAGAGACCAUUCAGCAAGCGUUUGAAGAUCAGAAGAUAAGAUCCUUUCCCUCAGGAGAUAAACAGACGCCAGCAGAUCUACCUGAGCUCUUUGAGAGGAACGAGCCUGAAAUGGAGGAAGAGGAAAAUCCCAAGAUAUCCGAUUGUCACUCUGGAUCUGACAGUGCCAUGGACGAGGAGGACGCUCAGGCACACUCAUUGAACGUGGCAAGUUAUGAGAUGGACUCGAAGGAGUCCGAGUGCGUCAACGCAACCGAGCAAACCUCAGCUCAUAACCAACUCCGGUUAGAAUCUGCCUCCACAGUCCUACACACGUGGGGGGUCUCGGAAGUUAAAAGUGUUGCUGUGAACCAAAUUCAUGUGAAGAAGGAGGAAGAGGAUGGGUCCCGCUCGGACAAAGAGGAGUCCAAUCCGAAUCCCGAGGCGCCCUAUGAUCUGAACCAGACAGUGUCACUAUUGAAGCAGAACCCGACCACAGAUUCGCUAAGGACCACAGAGACUGCACCGGUACCUGAUUUUACACCCGACACAUUACCUCGGAAGCGGUGUAUGCUGAAUGGACGCGAGCGGCGCUUCCUGUGCGUUCUCUGUGGUAAGAGUUUCGACCGCCUGAGCCACCUGGACCGUCAUCAGCGCGUGCAUACUGGUGAGAAACCCUACAGUUGUGGGAUAUGUGGCAGGUGCUUUACACAGAAAAGCAGCCUGAAGAGUCAUAUGCGAACUCACACUGGCGAACGCAGCUUCAGGUGCACUCGGUGUGGCAUGAGCUUCCCCACACGGGCCAUUCGCUACCGGCACCACUGUAACUAAACCACAACCUGCGUCUUACAGCUUAUCGUUGUAAAACGCUUUUAAUAAAGACUCCUCAAACUCA